AUGGGUGUACUGGGCAACGCCGACAACCGCAGCAACAACGUCGUCAACCUCAGCAGGUCCGUCGCUGUAGCCCCCGAACCGCCGUGUCAGUGUACCGUAGACCAUUUCUUGGCACCGCUCAAGUUCAAAAUGAAAGGGCUGAAGAAAAUCCGCAAGAAAAUUGGCCUGGCUCCGAAAUCGGGAACCGGCGCCGUCAAUCCUAACCUGCCGCCAUUAAGAUUUCAUAACGUGCAUGGCGAAAAUGUCCGGUUGUACAAGGACGGGUUCGUCGCCAGACGGGUGGACAGCUUUUGCAAAGGAGUGGCGUUCAGCAGUCGGCCGGUUGCCAUCAACGAAAAGGUGUACAUCAAGUUCCUGGAGAUAUCCGACAACUGGAGCGGCGUACUCCGGUUCGGGUUCACCAGCGAAGACCCGUCGAACGUCAAGAAAGUGCCGAAAUACGCUUGUCCCGAUCUGACCAGCAAAUCAGGAUUUUGGGCGAAAGCGCUUAGCGAACGACACGCGGUCCACGACGGCUUACUAUUUUUCUACGUCGACGCGGGCGGUGACGUGCACUACGGCCUCAACGGCGAGUCCAAAGGCGUGUUCAUGCAGGGCAUUGACACCAGAUCGCCUCUCUGGGUGCUGUUGGACAUUUACGGUAAUUCGACCAUCGUCGAGUUUCUCGAUUGCCGUCCGCAGCUGAACAACAACAGGAUAUCCAGAAGCGAUGAACUUGAAAUCUCCUCUCAGAUGUCCGCCGUGACCUUGUCGUCUUCAACAGUUCCGUCUCCCCCGCGCGUCCAAUCCGCGGACAACGUGGAACCGCUGGGACUGGUGCGCAAGGGCCGCCACGUGAUGAUCAGCAUGAAAGACGGUGUUCCGUGCGUGGGCACCAGGCUGUCGACGGCCUUCUUCCAGGGCUACACGUUCACGAAACAGCCGCUGCAGAUCGGCGAGAAAUACCUGGUGCAGAUCACAAAAACCAGUCAGCUGUACGUGGGCAGCCUGUCGUUCGGCGUCACGUGCUGCGACCCGAGCAGCAUCGGCAUCGGUGAGCUGCCCGACGACCCCAACCAGCUGGUCGACCGCCGCGAGUACUGGGUCAUGAGCAGGAACGUCGCGGAAGACACCAAACCCGGCGACGUGCUGAUAUUCUCCAUCAACAACAACGGCGAAGUAUUGUGCAGCAAAAACGGAAACCCGGAAAUCGUGCUGAUGUGCGUGGACCACUCUCAAACGCUGUGGGGCGUGUUCGACAUAUACGGCACGACCACGCAGAUCGUCGUGUCGAAAAUGUUGUCCAGGCCGUCCAUGGGCUGCUCCCCGAACGCCAUCGUCCACUCCUCACCGCAACCGUCGACCUCCUACGAGACGGUCUCGGCGGUUUCGCCGACCGUGUGCUACGCGCCGCAGCAACCGAUGGUCCGGUCCAACAUCCUAGAAGUGAACACCGACGCCAACGGCGGCACAGUGCUCAUCGUCAACUUACCUGCCGCCCAGAACAAUCAGAUGUGCCAUCCGUCGCCGGCCCUAUCUCAGGCGUCUUCCGGCAUGCAGCAGCACCAACAGAUGUCUGCUAGACCACCGUCCGUCACCAUCCAACAGAUACAGCCAAGAGCCGCUCCUGUUGUCGUCCAACAACCACAUCUUCCAGAGCAAAUACCUUCCGGUGAAGGAGAAUGUUCGAUUUGUUUCGAAAGAGCAGUUGACUGUGCUUUGUACACAUGCGGUCACCUUUGCAUGUGCUACGAAUGCGCUAAGAAGCAGUGGGUCCGUUUGGGCCGUUGUCCAAUUUGCCGUGCUGUCAUUAAGGACGUUAUUAAGAUAUACAAAUAA